GGUGCAGCUGUCGAACAUUUUGAAGAUCUGAGGACCCAUGGCAAAUCUCCUGAGGGGGAAGAGGCACUGUGGUGCCCUCUUCACGACUGUCUUUGGACAGUGUGUUUGGACCAUGAUAGUUUGUUGGUGAUGUGGACACCAAGGAUCUUGAAGCUCUCAACCUGCUCCACCACAGCCCUGUCGAUGAGAAUGGGGGCGUGCUCUGUUGGGGUGGUAUGCAAAUUAGAGUGGGUCUAGGGUUUCUGGGAUAAAGGUGUUGUGAGCCAUGACCAGCCUUUCAAAGUCCUUCAUUGCUACAGACGUUGAGUGCUAUGGGUCGGGAGUCAUUUAGGCAGGUUACCUUGGCGUCCCUGGGCACAGGGACUUGAAACAUGUUAUUACAGACAUGGUCAGGGACAGGUUGAAAAUGUCAAUGAAGACACAUGUCAGUUGAUCAGCGCAUGCUCAGAGUACAAGUCCUUGUAAUCCAUCUGGGUCUGCAUCCUUGUGAAUGUUGACCUGUUUAAAGGUCUUACAUCUGCUACGGAGAGCAUGAUCACACAGACAUACGGAACAGCUGAUGCUCUCAUACAUGCUUCAGUGUUGCUUGCCUCAAAGCAAAUAUAAAAGUUAUUCAGCUCGUCUGGUAGGCUCGUGUCACUGGGCAGCUUGCGGCUGUGCUUCCCUUAGUAGUCCGUAAUAGUUUGCAAGCCCUGCCACAUCAGACGAGCAUCAGAGCCGGUGAAGUACGAUUCAAUCUUAGUCCUGUAUUGCCUGUUUGAUGGUUCAUCGGAGGGCAUAGCAGGAUUUCUUACAAGUGUCCAGGUUAGAGGCCCGCUCCUUGAAAGUGGCAGCUCUACCCUUUAGCUCUGUGAGGAUGUUGCCUGUAAUCCAUCGCUUCUGCUUCUGUGUUCAAAUCAGUCAGGUUUCAAGACUAGUCAUUCAACUGAGACUGCUCUUCUCUGUAUCACGGAGGUGCUCCGCACUGCUAAAGCUAACUCUCUCUCCUCUGCUCUCAUCCUUCUAGACCUAUCGGCUGCCUUCGAUACUGUGAACCAUCAGAUCCUCCUCUCCACCCUCUCCGAGUUGGGCAUCUCCGGCGCGGCCCACGCUUGGAUUGCGUCCUACCUGACAGGUCGCUCCUACCAGGUGGUGAAUCGCAUUUCUGCAUGUCUGGCAGACAUAUCAGUGUGGAUGACGGAUCACCACCUCAAGCUGAACCUCGGCAAGACGGAGCUGCUCUUCCUCCCGGGGAAGGACUGCCCGUUCCAUGAUCUCGCCAUCACGGUUGACAACUCCAUUGUGUCCUCCUCCCAGAGCCCUAAGAACCUUGGCGUGAUCCUGGACAACACCCUGUCGUUCUCAACUAACAUCAAGGCGGUGGCCCGUUCCUGUAGGUUCAUGCUCUACAACAUCCGCAGAGUACGACCCUGCCUCACACAGGAAGCGGCGCAGGUCCUAAUCCAGGCACUUGUCAUCUCCCGUCUGGAUUACUGCAACUCGCUGUUGGCUGGGCUCCCUGCCUGUGCCAUUAAACCCCUACAACUCAUCCAGAACGCCGCAGCCCGUCUGGUGUUCAACCUUCCCAAGUUCUCACACGUCACCCCGCUCCUCCGCUCUCUCCACUGGCUUCCAGUUGAAGCUCGCAUCCGCUACAAGACCAUGGUGCUUGCCUACGGAGCUGUGAGGGGAACGGCACCUCAGUACCUCCAGGCUCUGAUCAGGCCCUACACCCAAACAAGGGCACUGCGUUCAUCCACCUCUGGCCUGCUCGCCUCCCUACCACUGAGGAAGUACAGUUCCCGCUCAGCCCAGUCAAAACUGUUCGCUGCUCUGGCCCCCCAAUGGUGGAACAAACUCCCUCACGACGCCAGGACAGCGGAGUCAAUCACCACCUUCCGGAGACACCUGAAACCCUACCUCUUUAAGGAAUACCUAGGAUAGGAUAAAGUAAUCCUUCUCACCCCCCCCCCCCCUUAAAAGAUUUAGAUGCACUAUUGUAAAGUGGCUGUUCCACUGGAUGUCAUAAGGUGAAUGCACCAAUUUGUAAGUCGCUCUGGAUAAGAGCGUCUGCUAAAUGACUUAAAUGUAAUGUAAUGUUCUGGUUGGGGUAUGCAUGUACGGUCACUGUGGGGAUGACGUCAUCGAUUAACUUAUUGAUGAAGCCAGUAACUGAUGUGGUGUACUCUUCAAUGCCAUCAGAAGAAUCCAGGAAAAUAUUCCAGUCUGUGCUAGCAAAACAGUCCUGUAGCUUAGCAUCUGUGUCAUAAAUCAUGUUAAAACAAUUAUUGCACACAGAGUGAGUCCAUUCAACUUAUUAUCUGACUUAAGCGAAUUCUUACUCCUUAAGUUAUUUAGGCUUACCAUAACAAAAGGGGUUGAAUACUUAGACUCAAAACAUUUCAGCUUUUCAUUUGUUAUUAAUUUCUAAAAACAUAAUUGCACUUUGACAUUCAGGGGUUUUGUGUGUAGAUCAGUGACAAAAUGACAAUGUAAUCCAUUUUAAACUCAGGCUGUAACAAAAUGUGGAAAAAGUCAAGGUGUGUGAAUACUUUCUGAAGCCAUUGUAGCAGGAUCUAGACAAUAAAUGCCGUGGAACAUUGACUCAUCUCGACAUCAGUCCACUUUUGAGUUUUCAAAAGGUCUUCAAAAUUUUAUUUUGGAGUGAACAAUC